AUGAGCAAUACCGGUAAAUUUGGACUUUUAUCGCUUGGAGUAGCACCCAGACAUUGUUCUCUUCAAUGGGUCAGCGAGAACCGACUAGUUUAUUGUGGUUUAAGCGAUGUUUGCGUUGUUUCUAAUGUAAGUUUAUUUUUUAUCUUUCUUUUCUUGGUGUUUAGAUAGCAUGGAGGUUGUAGAUUUGUUUGGUAAUAAAUUUACUCGACAGAUUUGUUAUAUUUUGACAUUUCUAUCUUCUCGUUUAUGAUGUAUCUAGUGCAACAAAGAAUCGAAUAAUUCACCCCGAUUUAUUUCAGAAUUCAGGUGGUUUUGUGCCUGAAGUCAUACUCUCGAUCAUCAGCUAUCCCAAUACGUUCAGAUCCUUGCGAUUGGUUGAUAAUCCCUCGAGAACUGACGAAAACUUUGAGGUGAUAUCAACAACAACCGAUGGAACGAUUGUUUUAGCCAAGAUCUUUAAAGAAGAUGGUUUGUGGAAGUAUAGAAUUGUUUAUGAAGGUAAAAUACAGGCUUGGGAUUUAGUUUUUUCUGUUUUUUAGACAAAAUCACGGCAAAUCAAAUGGUGGAUGCCUUCGCCUUUCGAAAGCACAAUAAUCAGCUAGUUCUGGCUUUUGCAACUUUUAGUUCUAUCGAAAUACGAUUCUUCAAUGAGGAUUACUCUUAUGUCUCCAGCAAAAUGAAGGCUCUAAGUAGCUUUUUAAUGGUGCAAUGUUUGGGUAUUCAGUCUUUGGAUCAGAAUUUCAAAGAAUUUUUGGUUAUUUUCGGGCAAACAAACAAGAAAUUAGGCCUGAAUCGUAUUCGAAAGCCUGAAAGUGAGAGUGUUGAGUGGGAAGCAAAGCUGUUGGAUUCUAAAGAAGCUGUCUUUUAUUUGGAUUCAAGGAUUUGUAAGUCUUUUUUGUUGUUGUUUUUGAUUUUUAGGCUACAAAAUACCUGUCGAAUCCGUUGAUUUUUUCAGCGGCUUCUAAUGCUUCAAAGAUUGAGCUUUUGGCCGCUACAGAAUGUCGAGUUCAGAUCUGGAGCAUCGAGAAAACGACACCUCUGGAAGCCGAAUCCAACGCCGACUUUAGCGGAUUCAAUCUGGAGUCAAAGACCAAGCUCAAAUUCGAUGAUUCCAAUCAUUAUGAAGCCCACUUGGACUCGAAUAUCCUCGCUAGUCAAGAGCGAAUUUGUGGAGCGAAAUGGGAUUACAGCAAGGACAUCUUCUCCAUCUCCACCAGAGAAAAUUCGAUCAAAAUUUUUGCGCUGGAAAAGAAUGCCGACUCCGAAUUAUGGCUUCUGAGAGCUUCGGUAUGCUCGUACGGAGAGCCGGCUCUCGAAUUAUUCGGAGUUUUUGACGCCCAAUUUUCACCAUCAAACAGUUUCUUCUUGGCUCAUAACACUGUUGGCGGAUUUUAUUUAUUUCAAGUGGAACAAGAAGAUAACACGCCGAUUGGAUUCAAUCAACAACCAAUUUAUAUAGGAGGACAUUCUGGAAAAGUUAGAUCGAUUUGCUGGGCUGACAAUGGACGGGUUCUUUUGUCGGUUGGGGCUGAUAAAACAACAAGAUAUUUCAAAAAGUUUGAGGUAGGUGGUAUUGUAAUGGUUGGCAUUUAAUGUCUUGAUGAUUUUAGAAUGGAUAUUGGGCGCAGAAAAGUCGACCGCAAGUCCAUGGACAUGCUUUAAGAUGUGUUACUUCCAUUGGAAGGUAAGAUAAGGUAAUUUUAGUUGAAAACUUGGGAUUUUUUUUGAUUAUUGGGUAGUUUAGGCGAUUUUAAGGUAAAAUGAAGUCUUUAUAAUGUAUAUAAGUGUAAAAUAUGAACUGUAUAGUUUUAUUUUUAUGAGUUCUGUUUAUUUUUUUACCAAAAAUCGUCGUUUUUCAGCCAAGGUUUUGUCUCUGGCGCGGCCGAACACAUGUUCCGAGUUUUCGGCGCACAAGUCCCUCAACUCUCGGUUCAAGAAGCGAUAGAAAGAAUACAACCGCUAAAUCUCACCCCCAAACCGCAAGCCCCCUCAGGCGAUCAACCGGAAAAUUCCAAACCCGAGAAAAUCGACGAUUCAAAACCGACGAUUGAGGAAUAUCUACAGUCUGGAGCCACUGCCCAUGAAGAAAUUCGGAAACUGUAUGGCCAUGGAAAUGAAUGCUAUGUGACGGCGUCAAGCAAUGACUUUGUUUUCACGUCAGCGAAGGGAUCUAGACCAGAUGAAGCUCAGAUGAUUGUGUGGUCGAUUGGAGACUGGAAAGUGAGGAAAAGAGAGAUCCGACACAAUUCUACUAUCACUGACAUGGCUGUCAGCAAGAAUGGAGAGUUUUUGGUUACUGUUUCGAGAGAUCGGACCUUAAACUUGUAUAAAAUUGGUGAGUUUUAACGAUUUUUUGAGGAAAAAUUGGGAAAAGAAGAUGAUUUGUUAAUGAAAAUGGAAGAAAAAGAAAAGCUAGCUAAUUUUCUAACUGAAUUUACCGAUUUUUUGUUGGAAAAUUUUACAAAUUUUUCAGAUUUUAUCAAAAUUUUGAUCUUUUCCGAUAAAAUUUUAAAUUUUUGAAAAAUAAAGUUUUAUUUUCAGACCCAUCGAACCCAGAGGUUAUCACUCAUCUCCAAACAGUAUCAGGAUUAUUCAAACGAGUCAUUUGGACUGUAGCUUUCCAUCAAGAUUCUCAAUUUUUUGCCGCCGGCACCAGAGACGGCCAAAUUUCCGUCUUCAAAAUUGAAGAAAAUCAACCCAAGGAGGUCCAACGAUGGAAGUUUGGAGAAUGUAUAAGUGCUCUGGAAUUUGGAAAAAAUGAUUUUGGAGAGGAUAUGGUGCUAUUUGCUACGGAAAAUGGAAAUUUAUAUAAAGUACCCUUCAAUGGAAAACUUGAGGAAGAAAAAGUGAAAAAAUUGGAAAGAGAAAGCGGUUUCAGUGGAGGAAGCUUGGUCUACAGGAUAAAGUAAGAAAUCAAAAAUAUUUUGUGUUGUAUUUUACAAGUUGAUACAGCUUUUAUUUUUGAAAAAAAAAAUUUUUUUUGAAAAAUCCUGAAUUUUGCCAAAUUUUGAAUCAAAUACGACCUUUUUUUCAGGUUCAAUUCUGUUGAGAAUCUCUUCGCACUAUGCACAGAGACAGGAGCUAUAAAGUUCAUAUCAAUCUAG